UUGCGUGACCACUCUGCGCAGAAACUUUCACGCAUAUCCGGUGCGAGCCCGCGAUUUACUACUGAAGAAAAAAAUUCAAGAUGUCAGGACUUCAAAAAGAAGCUCUGAAAAAUAAAUAUGGUGGAUUACCUCCAGCACCGAGACGACCAGGGAAACCUCAUGGAGCUGCUGGAGGAAUGCGACGGAAAAGAGAUUACACUCCACUUUCAUGGCAAGAAUACUUCGACAAUACGAAAGAUGUUUAUGUAAAUGGAAAAAAUAGAUUUCGAGUUUAUCAGGCUGGAAGUACUGGACCUUUGUUAUUGUUACUUCAUGGUGGGGGACAUUCUGCUUUGACUUGGUCUGUCUUUACAAAAUCAGUCACAGGCAUAUGCCACUGUCAAGUUCUAGCAAUAGAUCUUAGAGGGCAUGGUGAUACAACUACAGAGAAUGACUCAGAUUUAUCAGUGGAUACGUUAUCAAAAGAUGUUGGGGACAUUGUAAAAGAGAUGUAUGGAGAUUUCCCACCUUCUAUAGUAAUCAUGGGACACAGCAUGGGUGGGGCCAUCGCAGUUCAUGUAGCAGUGCAGAAACUGUUACCCUCUCUGGCUGGACUGGCAGUUAUUGAUGUAGUUGAAGGUACAGCAAUGGAAGCCUUGUCUUCUAUGCAGUCAUUUCUCAGGGGUAGACCAUCUUCAUUUCAAUCACUGGAGCAGGGUAUUGAAUGGUGGUAAGUAGUGACAUCUUGAUACAGACAAAUACAGUAUUGCCCUUUGCUCUAGCUAGGGAACAAAUAGAAUAUUAUUUGGACUAAAUAAAUGAAUGUCUUGUGCGAUAAUCCUCAUAAAUUGUUUCUUACAAUGCUAUAGCAUGCAGGUUUCAAGUAAUUUUAUGUCUGUUACAGGCAGUCUGCAUGAGUUUUGAUGCCAUU